UGACAAUAUCAACACAAUGAAUCAUAAAUUCGCUUGUGUUAAUGAUUGAACGAAGUUAAGACAAAACUGACACAGCGAUGAGCUUGAUCACAGAUCACAGAUUAGAUACAGAUAGACUCACAGCCCUGUAUAGAAAAGCAACGGGCAAAGGUUCUUUUAGGGAUCUAUCUCCAGAAACUUUCACAGUGUUGGAUUCCUCGGACAGAGGUGUGAGAAUGGUGACUUUGAGGAAACAGUAUGCGGUGGUCAGACCUGUGUACUCUGAGGACAGCUUUGCUGAAGAUCAUGAGAAGAUCUGCAGGCGGCACAAAACCAUCCCGGGCCAUUUAAAAGACUAUCUGACCUGUGAUUCAAAACGUGCCAAGAAUGCAGUACUCUCUCUUCUGCCCAUUAUUGGCUGGAUGAGGAUCUACAGAGUUAGAGAGUGGCUGCUGGGUGAUGUGGUGUCUGGGAUCAGCACUGGACUGGUGGCCAUUAUGCAAGGACUGGCCUUCUCUCUGCUGGCCUCGCUGCCUCCGAGCUAUGGUCUCUACACAGCUUUCUUCCCCAUGCUAAUUUACUUCUUCCUCGGUACUUCAAGACACUUAUCUGUAGGCUCCUUUCCAGUCCUGAGCCUGAUGGUUGGAGCUGUGGUCAUUCGCCUGGUCCCAGAGGACGGACCACCGGCCAACAUCACCGGCUUUGAGGGCCUGUCGCAGGACCAGCAGAGAGUCCUGGUGGCCUCCUCUUUUACCUUCCUUAUGGGGAUUUUCCAGCUUGCCAUGGGUGUUCUUCAGGUGGGCUUCAUUGUUGUGUACCUGUCUGACACUCUGGUGUCCGGCUUCACCACAGCAGCUGCUGUCCACAUCCUGGUUUCCCAGCUCAAGUUUGUGUUAGGGUUGAACGUUCCAGGCAUCAAUGGUCCACUCUCUAUCAUAUAUACCCUGGAGAAGAUCUUUGUCCAGAUCACCUCCACCAACAACUGUGACCUGGUGAUGUCCAUGGUUAUCAUAGCAGUGGUGUUCAUCGUGAAGGAGCUGAAUGACACAUACAAAGCCAAGCUGCCUGUCCCCAUCCCCAUAGAGGUUAUUGUGACUAUCAUAGCCUGUGGGCUGUCCUAUGGCUUCAACUUCGAGAAGACAUUUGAUGUUGACAUUGUUGGCAAAAUGGUUAGUGGGUAUGAAUCUCCCAUUGCACCCAACGUGGACAUCUUUAAGGAGAGUGCUGUGGAGGCCUUUCCUGCAGCCAUAGUGGGGUUUGCUGUUGCCUUCUCUGUGGCCAAAGUCUACUCUAUCAAACAUGAUUAUACCAUUGAUGGGAACCAGGAGCUCAUUGCAUUCGGGGUUAGCAACAUAUUUGGGGCAAGCUUCAGGUCGUUUGCAGCCAGCACAGCACUCUCCAGGACGGCUGUGCAGGAGAGCUCAGGAGGCAAAACACAGAUUGCAGGGCUGAUCUCAGCCAUGAUGGCAAUGAUUGUCACUUUGGCACUUGGUUUCCUGCUGGAGCCGCUUCCCAGGUCUGUCCUGGGUGCCUUGGUCAUUGUCAAUCUGAAGGGUAUGCUGAUGCAGUUCAAAGAAAUCCCGUACUUGUGGGGGAAGGACAAAACAGAAUGUGUGGUGUGGGUGGGAACAUGUCUGGGUGCCAUCCUGCUGGGACUGGAUCUUGGUCUGGUGAUGGGCUUGGGUGUGGAGCUGCUCACGGUUGUCUUCAGGACUCAAUUCCCUCGCUGUUCUGUAUUGGCUAACAUCCCAGGAACUGACUUCUACAGAGAUCAGAAAGAUUACCUGCAUUUAUUCAAACCUAAGGGAGUAACAAUCUUCAGGAUACCCUCGCCCAUCUUCUUCGCCAAUAUUGAGUUCUUCAGGGACAAGCUUAUAGAAGCUGUUGGAUUUAACCCUGUAAGGGUUUUGAGGAAGAGGAACAAGGCUCUCAGGAAAAUCAAGAAACUGUUGCAGAAGGAGGAUAAUGAUAUUACAGAGAAAGGCUGGAACUCUGAGCUUCCCGCUCAAAUCAAUGUUCCCAGAGUGGACCUCCACAGCCUGAUCCUGGACUUCUCUGCUGUCUCCUUCCUGGACAUCUGUGCUAUGAAGGGACUGAAAACGGCAUUCAAAGAGUUCAUCCAUGUUGGGGUGGAGGUUUACAUUGUUUCUUGUGAUGCAUACGUCUUGGAGAAACUGCACCGCUGGAUGUUCUUCGAUGAAGAGAUUCUAACCUCCAUGUUCUUCCCGACCCUUCAUGACGCAAUGCUGCAUGUGCUUGAAAAACAUAAGGACGAAACUAAAGACCGGGUGGUAAUAGAUACCAAACUCUAGAAGAGCACCUGUCUCCAGGAACAUCCUUUCAAAAAGACCCUGAAGCCACAGAACUAGAGAGUUGCUGUUAAAUUUACUGCUAUGAUAAAAUGCUGUUUGUCUAUUCAAGAUCAUGAUGUGAUUUUUAUGUAUGAUCCAGUCUUUGCUGUCACAGGACUCUAGUGAAGUGUCCUUUUUCAGACGGUUUGUUUGAUAAAUGCAAUAUAUUUUCAAGAUUAAAUGGCGAUACAAAAAGCA